AUGGUCUCUGUUUGUGCGCCGAUACGCCCCUCAGACGCUGUGGCUGAGACCAUUAUCGUCCACGAGAAGACACGAUGGCUCAAUGGCCUGGUGAAGAAGGCGAAGCAUCCAAAGGUCCGCAGCGGAUGUCUGACCUGCAAGCAACGCAGGUUGAAAUGCGACGAAGGCAAACCUUCAUGUGCCCGAUGCGGCAAAUCCGGGCGUAUAUGUGCUGGAUAUGAGCAGCUCUUCGCCAGGUCGAGUACACAGCUCCGGAUCAGCUACGCAGAACCAGACUCGUUCGCGAGCGAGGAGGACAAGUUGUUGCAGCACUUCUUGGUGGAAGCAACCCAGGAGUUGUCCGGAUUCAGUCUUUCCCUGAAGCAGUUCUGCGGAUCCCUGGUUCCCCAGAUGGCAUUUCACCCAGCAGUAAGGUUCGCCCUGUUGACAAUAGCGGCCAAAACACAAGCAGCCGCGCUCAGAUGGGACAAACGACGUCGACGUAGCGAAGCUCUUGAAUGCAAAUCAUCAGCGCUUCUGUACUACAACCAGUCCAUCAGCAAUCUGACGCAGAAGGAUCUUUCCGAGAUACCGCCAGCUGUAUAUCUGGUCUGCGGUCUACUCUUCGGUGCCAGUGAGCUAUGGCCACACAUCGACAUGCGCCCUACGAUUCAUGUGCUCACCGCCUUUCAAAUUGUACUGCGAUGUGCCGCCACUCUGUCAGAAGAGGUACAGAGGAGCAUGUAUCCCUUUUUAAUUCACAUGGGGCGGAAAACGCUCGCAUACGCGGACGACAUACCCCCGGACCUGGCCCCAGCGAUUGCUCGAUUCUGCUGGGUUCACAUCGAGCCAGCGGCUGUUGCUGACACGUUUUCGUCCACAGAGCAAGCUUGGGCAACCAUGGAGGAUCUGCAUAAUUUCACGUGCACUUUGAUUAGACCGGAUGUUGCAUUCGACAACGACGCUGAUACCAACGCUCGUGAUUAUGCGAGGUCGGUCGAACAAAGCCUGCUGAACACACUCCAGACUGUCGGCGAAGAGGAGGCCAUACAGUACCGUGCAAUGCUGAUGCACCACAGGACUUCUCGAACCAUGCUGGAUGCCAGGCUAGGCUCUGAUGAAGGCAUAUACGACAUAUUUGUACCAGACUUUGAAUACAUUCUCUUUGAGUGUGAAAGCCUGAUGCGAGCAGGAACGCACCCACCAACGCCGGGCAAAGGACCCUGGCGAUGCGAACUGGGCACCUUGGCGCCACUAUUCUUUGUUGCCACGCGCUGCCGUGUAGCUAGCCUGCGACACAGGGCUAUAAAAGCAUUGCACACGUCAAAGCAUAGGGAGAAGGAGUGGAACAGCUGCAUCGCCUUCAUGCUUGCACGGCUUGUCGUUCAGACAGAAGAGAAGCAUCGACAGCCGAGUCUCGGCGGGAACAUCCCCGUCGAGCACAGGAUUCAAUUGGACUCGGUCACAUUCAACAGAAGCGAGGAGCAAAUCGUGGCGACAUAUCUCAAUCCCACCACGAAUGAGUAUGGUACGAAGACAUUGUCAUGGAAAGCACGAGACGCCAUUGAUGACGACUUUGAGUGCGUCUCACUAUCUAGACAACGGCUACAGGCAUCUGGCUACAGCGGUAUACUGCUUUGCCGGCCGUCCAUUCAAUGCCAGUGCGGAGGUGAGCCAGGCAACGAGCGAUAA